AAACGUUUUCUUCUGAGUAUGUUCUGCUGAGUCAACCAACACAGAGGAUUAGGAGAACGUGGACGAAGAAGCCAUGGACUCUAUCGUCUCCAGUUCGACGGUUCUUAUCCGAUCAUAUCUCACUCCUCCGGUUCGUUCACUUUCUCCGGCUUCUUCCGUCUCCGUCAAGCCUCUCAGCUCAGUUCAGGUCACCUCCGUCGCGGCUAACCGCCACCUACUUUCGUUCAGGUCUGGUGGCAGACGAACCAGGAACAUCUCAAAUUCGGCGAUAAGAUGCGGCGGAAUCAAAGAGAUUGGGGAGAGUGAGUUUUCGAGUACGGUUCUUGAAUCGGACCUGCCGGUAUUGGUAGAGUUCGUCGCUACUUGGUGCGGUCCCUGCAAAUUGAUCUAUCCCGCCAUGGAAGCCUUAUCUCAGGAAUAUGGUGAAAAAUUGACAAUUGUAAAGAUUGAUCACGACGCUAAUCCCAAGUUGAUAGCAGAUUUCAAGGUUUAUGGUUUACCUCAUUUCAUCCUCUUCAAGGACGGCAAGGAGGUUCCAGGUAGCAGAAGAGAAGGUGCUAUAACGAAGGCCAAGCUUAAGGAGUACAUUGAUAGUCUCUUGAACUCAAUAUCUGUUGCGUGAAAAUCCCUAUUCGCACCGGUAUUCCUCUGUCUCAACACUGUUUUUUUCUAAUUGUAAACAAAUCUCUUCAGUUGUGAUCUUCAUCAACCGUCUCUCGUUUGAUGUGUAUAUCUCGCAACAAGUUUUACAAAUAGAAAAGACUUGAGCUGUUAUCAGAA